AUGGGUAUCGCAUUACGACCGUUCGGCCUCUCCCUCAUAUACCUCCUACUUUAUUUGAUAGCACCGUUCCCGCAAGUACCUGAUUCAAAAACAUUUAAAGGAUGGAGAGGGAAAUAUCUUCUAUUAAAUAUCUUCGUAUCCGUUCUUGUACUGUUAACCCACGCGGCAUGGCACAGUGUAUUGGCGGCUUUUGGAAGUUAUGGCUCCAUACUACAACAAUAUCCAUUGUUAGAAGAGAUUGGUUUGAAUCUUGGUUUAGUAUCCUACGCAGGGAUAGAGCCAUUAAUGGCUAUACAAUAUUUAGCUCCAGAGUUGGUAAUGACCGGUGUGUCACUGUUCGUGUAUCUGAUGGUACGUAAACUUCUCGUUGGUUCUCCUACGGAGGAAGUGGAGAGGAAGAUCUCAAAACAUCAGCAGUACCCCUUAUUAACUAGUGCAGGAAAAUACGUAGCCUUAUUUCUAAUAAUGUUCUCUGGGAUAAUGCGUCCUAGUAUCACUUCGGGGAUAUAUUUCCUUGUAUUCAUGGGCGCGGCCACUGCUUGGGCGCUGGGACGGCCUUUGGAGCGUGGUUUUGCGGUUAUUAGCAGAUGUCUGAUGUCAAUAAUGGCUGUCCAUAUAGCUGUGUUGCUGGUUUAUCAGUGCUCUUGGCUCAUUGAGUUGUAUCCGCCGGAUAUGGAUUUGGCCAGAUAUUUCGGUCUAACAAAACUAGUUAUAAUCAACGGUACGAAUUCUUCUUCGAGCUUUGUAUACGAAGUUACAGAAGAUUACAAAUGGGCAACUCUAGCGAGUCCUCUAGUCAUACUCUUUUCGUAUUUCUUUCUCGCAUUAGAGUCUAGGGAACUCUUCAAACCCAAGGCGAAGAAAAAGAGUGCCUUAACUGGCGUAGAAGCGGGAAAAGUGAACGGGUCCCUAUUAAGGGGUGUGUCCUUCCAUCGGGCCAGCCGAUACGCUCCUAAGGAGAAAUGGAAGAGUGCCACUAAUAAAGUCAGAGUUGCAUUUUCCUACAUAAAUUCCCAAGCAUUGAGCGGGGACAACAGUGAGACUGCUCCUUUAAUCAAAACAAGGAGUCCGAGCAAGAGAUGGUCCAGUGUGAGGUCAGGUUCGGUUUCACGGCAGCUGCACCAAGACUCUACUGGAUCCGUCGUAGUCCCAGAUGAAGAGUCCGUGUUGGAAAUUGAGGAGCCGACAUUAAUGGACGAUAUAGUAGCCGCUGUCGUCGAUUUCUUCCAAGUUCUUGUUAGGUCUUCCUAUAUAGCAACAACAAUAACAAUGAUGGCGUGGAGUAUUAUGUUCCAUUCGUGGCUGACAUUCGUGUUUUUAAUGUGGGCAAAUAUAGUCUGGCUUUGCCAGGACCAGAGGUCCUUUAUGCUGAAAACCAGUCCAGUUCUGGUGAUAUACGCCAUGCUGUUACUUCUAGCUCAGUAUAUUUACGGAAUGGAUUUGACUGAUAGUGAGCUACCGUCUAAUAUUACGGAGGUGAAUCUCAUCCAAAUAGGCCUUGGCAGAGUGGACGGUGAACCGUGUGUGCCACUUUUGAUAAAAUCGAUCUUCACCUGCAUGUUUUGGGUGACCCUGCGCCAGCGCAUACAAGAGAUCCGACAGAGGAGACAGUCCUCAGCCAUUACGGAUAUCGCUGCACCAUUACAACUUACUGUAUCUACUGCUGCUAGUGCACUUGAAGGAGAACGCGAAGAAGAGAGUCGCUCGCGUCUUUUGAGGGCGUUGGGUGAAUGGCUGCGCGCAGUUUGCGCCCGGUACUGGAUAUACGUUGUGGUCAUAAUGCUAUUCGUGAUUGGCAUCACUGGUGAUCGGAUGACGAUAUUCAGAAUUAUUUAUAUGUUCCUAUUCCUUGGGUUUAUACUUAUGUUCCAGAUAAGUUGGUACUUGUGGCGAAAACUGAUGUAUAUAUUUUGGAUAACUGUGAUAAUAUACUCUAUGAUCAAUUUAAUACUCAUAUACGUGUACCAGUUUGAUAAUUUCUCCAAAAUGAUUGAGACCUACCUCAUGAUCAACGAAAGAUUACAACACGACCUCGGCCUAGACACAUAUCACCCUGCGGACUUGUUCGUCAAAUUGUUGACGCCCACUCUCUUCUUGAUCAUCACUAUUAUGCAAGUCCAUUACUUCCACAAGGACUUCAUGGCUCUAUCAGAUCCUAGGACAAGAACAAAUAGUUUAAUACAACCUGCGUCAAGUCGACCAAGUAACGCCGGUGCCUCCACAAUGAAAGAUGAUCUACCAGCGCUACCAUCUGAAGAGGAGAGGGAGUUACGAGAAACACAGUCUCCUAGCGACACUGAAGCCGAACACUCUAUUGGCACUUCAUCUAUUCCUCCAGCAGCUAAAAGAUCUUUACACAGAAAGUCGUCCCGCUCAUACGCACCUACAGUGACAGAGAGGGGUUCAUUAAAGUUCCGGCCAUGGCUUUUAGCCAAAUUUACUCGUCUAAGAGAAACAUAUUCCUGGUGGGUAGAAAAGGCUUUCAUAUUCCUGGAUAUACAUGUCAUCAAGAUUCUCUUCAUAUCACUUAUGUUGCUGUGUGUUUUUAAUGUAUGCGCCAUGCACGUGCCUAUAAUGAUAUUAAUUGCGCCAGCGCUUUGGUUAAGUUCAAGGAAACAGCGGUUCUGUAUGCUCGUCAUCUCAACUCUAAUCAGUGUAUAUUUGAUGGCAAAAAUGGUUUAUCAAAUUGAAUACAUCAAACAUUCUUUCUUUGAUGUCAAUUGUACUAAUGAAGGUGAAAAUAAUACGAUGAAUAUGACGACAUAUAAUAAUGCGGAAUGGCUCGGAUUCUACAAAACUUCGCCAACGAAAAGUUUAGCGGCAUUAUUAAAGGGCUAUAUUGCCCUCAUUGCUUUGUUCACUUUCUACUCCUUGGUCACAUAUCGGCAACAAGUGCACAGAGAAUCGGGUGUUCUACCAAAUACAAAAGACAAGCUAAUGUUCCCCGAAAUAACACGAAACGAAGCAGACAAAGAUUUAAUACAUUACAUCAAGUAUUUGUUCAAUUAUGGCUUCUAUAAAUUUGGUGUUGAGAUUACUUUAAUAUGCCUUAUGGGCGUAAUCGGUUCUCGUAUGGACGUAUACGCAGUCAUAUACUCUGCGUGGCUUUUAGCGCUCGUGUCUAUUCGAAGGAAGCAAUUAGCCAAUCUAUGGCCGGCAUUUACAGCACUAAUUACACUAAUAGUGCCGUUACAGUAUAUGCUAGCUGUGGGAUUUAUGCCCCAAUUUUGUAUACAGUACCCCUGGAGUGGGGAGGAUCAGCAAAUGAAACAUGUACGCAACUGGCUGUUCCUCCCAUAUACAGCAGAACCGCCUCACGCUGUUAAAUUAAUCUUUGACUUCUUCCUAUUAAUGUUUUCUGCACGGCAGCUAAAAGUUUUUCGACUAGAAAAGUCCCACGGUGAUAAUUUUCCUGGUGGGUCCAACAGUGAAGAUAUAGGAAAAGACUGGGAGACACCUGACUUUGUCAAUCCGGUACCAGAUUUUCUAGGUUAUGUUGGAACCUGGUUGGAUGUGAUUAAGCGAAUGGUAUUCCUGGGAAUGUUGUGGGUGACGUUAGCUAUCAUGUUUAUGACUGGUACGAACCGUGUGAAUUUGUUUUCUAUGGGAUAUCUUAUUGGCUCUUUUAUAUUCUUAUGGCAAGGAACGGACUUCUACUUGCGACCGAAAGAAGCUAUUCUUGCAAUGGUAAGACUAUAA